AAUCUUCGCCAACAGAACUCCAAACCAGUCCACGUCGACGAUUUUUCGUUUUCCUUAUUGUUUAUCUGUAAGCUUUUGCCGGUUCGAGCAUUAUCUGUCAACGGCAAGCUCUCUCUCUCGUUGCACUCGCUCGCUCGUGUUUUGCAGGUCUCUGCGUUUCUUAUUGACUCUGGAUUUCAGUUUGCAUUUUGAACGAAUCUAGGUUUUUCAGUAAUAGGAUUUUCGUUGCUGUGUCCCUUAAAGUUCUAUACACGAAUAUUUAUUUAUUUUUGGAUUGUUCGAUAUUGGGUUUGUUUCAGUGUCCUUUAAAAUGACAGAGCCUUCGAAAGUUGUUCACGUACGAAAUGUGGGGCAUGAAAUAUCUGAGAAUGAUCUGUUUCAGCUAUUCCAGCCAUUUGGAGUCAUUUCUAAGCUUGUGAUGCUUCGUGCAAAGAACCAGGCUCUUAUUCAAAUGCAAGAUAUUUCUUCUGCUGUGAGUGCUUUGCAAUUUUACACAAAUGUUCAGCCGAGUGUAAGGGGAAGGAAUGUUUAUGUUCAAUUCUCAUCUCAUCAAGAAUUAACUACCAUGGAUCAGAAUCCUCAAGGACGAGGAGAUGAGCCUAAUCGAAUUCUCUUAGUUACAAUUCAUCACCUGCUAUAUCCUAUAACUGUGGAAGUGCUGCAUCAAGUGUUUUCUCCUCAUGGAUUUGUAGAGAAGAUCGUCACAUUUCACAAGUCAGCUGGUUUUCAAGCCCUUAUCCAGUAUCAGUUACGCCAGAGUGCUGUUUCAGCAAGAACUUCUCUUCAGGGGCGCAAUAUUUAUGAUGGCUGCUGUCAACUGGACAUUCAGUUCUCAAACCUUGACGAGCUGCAAGUGAACUACAAUAAUGAGCGCUCGAGGGAUUUCACAAAUCCAUCUCUGCCUUCAGAACAGAAAGGAAGAUCCUCGCAACCAGGAUAUAGUGAUGGGGGAGGCAUGUAUGCUGCAAGGGCAGUUGGAUUUCAACAGAUGGCCAAUACUGCUGCUAUUGCUGCUGCCUUUGGAGGAGGUUUGCCACCUGGAGUAAGUGGGACAAAUGACAGGUGUACUGUACUUGUCUCUAAUCUAAAUUCUGACCGAAUAGAUGAGGAUAAGCUUUUUAACCUCUUUUCUCUGUAUGGAAAUAUUGUGAGGAUCAAGCUUCUCCGCAAUAAGCCAGAUCAUGCACUGGUUCAGAUGGGUGAUGGUUUCCAGGCUGAGUUGUCAGUGCACUUUCUGAAGGGAGCCAUGCUGUUUGGGAAGCGAUUGGAGGUGAAUUUCUCCAAGCACCCAAACAUAACAACUGGUGCUGAUACACACGAAUACGUGAACUCUAAUCUCAAUCGUUUCAAUCGUAAUGCUGCAAAGAAUUAUCGCUAUUGCUGCUCUCCUACAAAGAUGAUCCACCUUUCCACCCUGCCCCAGGAUGUCACUGAGGAGGAGAUAGUGACCCAUUUGGAGGAACAUGGAACUGUUGUCAACAGCAAGCUUUACGAGAUGAAUGGGAAGAAACAGGCCCUUGUUAUGUUUGAAACUGAGGAGCAAGCGACUGAAGCUCUUGUGUGCAAGCAUGCAACUAACCUUGCAGGGUCAAUGGUCCGGAUAUCCUUUUCUCAGUUGCAGAACAUAUAAAGAACUUGUGGUAAUAGCGAGGGGGUAGGAGUUCGUAAACGAAAGGAUAUUUUUGUCUGAUCAUGCCCGUCUUCGUUCUAUUUUUUUGUCCCCCUCUUUUUAUGAUGGUUAAAUUGCCUUUGUAAUGGUGGAAUGCCCUCCAUUUUUCUCUUAUUAGUGUUUGUACCAAUUAUAUCUAGGCUGCAAAGGGUAAUGUUGUUUGCUAGGCCUCCCCGCUGAGGGUUCUUAUAGUCUUUGUAUAUUCGAUGCAACUGAGCCUCACCUAGCAAAAUAGGUUUUUGCUUUUUUGACGUACCCUUCUAAUUCGCCUCCAAAACCAUGGCAAACUGGCGGCUAACGUGCAUGGACUUUAUUUACCUUAUUAAUUAAUCAUUAAAUCUACAUUAUUUGUAAUAA